GUCGUCUCGCUUCCUGCCUUGCUGAGGGAGGGGACGGAGCUGACGGCUGGGAGGACGAAAGGAGAGCCAAGAAAGCUUUCAGAAAGCUAUAAAAGAGUGGGGAACGGCCCUAGUUUUCCACCGUCCGUCGGGAAUUAAGCACCCCCAGAUUUCCGUAGCUGCUGAAUUUGUCACCGAACCGGCGCCGAAACAUGUCGACCAGUCGUCAGCUUAGCGAGAGCAGGGCCAUCCCGACCAGGACGGUGUUGAUCAACGACACAACGCAGCUACCUCAUGACUACUGUACCACCCCUGGAGGCACUUUAUUCUCCACCACCCCUGGAGGAACCCGGAUCAUCUACGACCGUAAGUUUUUAUUGGACAGGCGUAACUCUCCCAUUGCUCAGACUCCUCCUGCACAUCUGCCCGUCAUCCCUGGAGUGACCAGCCAACAUGUCCUGAGUGAGAAUCGCAAGAAUGAAGCCAACAACCACAUCAAAAAUCACGAUGGCAAGCCCACAACUGGUGAGGACUCUCAGUUUGAAAUGGACAUCUGACCCACUGGAAGCGCACCAGCAUAAGGAAGUGACCUGGCAUUGUGCAUGCCAGCGGCUUGGCUUGUAGAAACCUAUGUUGUGAGCCCUCAUGGCAGCCAUCUUUAGCUCUCUGUUCUCUCUGCUGGAUGUUAACGUGUGUCAACCAUCAAAUAUGCACAAACAAAACACAGCCAACUCUCACAAUUGGGUCUAUUUGAGUAAAUUAUCAUGGUUACAGCACAAAUUAACAGUUUCACAAUAAAGGAGUGAGGCCUGAAGAUUCUUUACCCAGAAAAAAAAUUAAUGAAAGUAGUCGAUUUCAUACAACUUCCUAUCUAACAGAGCACUCUGAAAUUUUGAAUCUAUUCCAGGUUAAACAUGGAGAGGUUGUAAAUUUGCGUUUAAAAUCAUUUAAUAGCUGUGAUUUCCAUCACAGGCUUUAGGUUUUUAAAAUCCUUUUAAGCAUGUUAUUUAAGUGAAUCAGUUCAUUUUCGUUCUAGUUUUUGAAAAUACUUGAAAAGCUCCACAAUCUGGUAUCAGUUGGACUUCUUAGGUUCCAGUGAUGAUACGUAAAGGGACGCUGUGCUUUUAUUUUUCCCAAUAGGCAAAGAUCUCGAACCAUUCCACAAUUUUACUUCCUAUUACCAACUCAAUUUGUUUUUUUGGUUUUUCACCUUUUUAAGAGGAAUCUUUUUUUUUUCCAAAUGAAUUUUAGGCUACAAUUUUAAAAUCACCAAAUGAUUGAAUGUAAAGUGAAAAUCUAAAUAUAGCUCUUGAAAAUCAAGCUUUUCUUGUACAGUUCGAUUUCUGUAAGAGAAUUAAGCAGCUCAAGUGUACCAAGAGUUGGCAAGAGCUUUGUAAUUGGGAUUUAAUAAUCUAAAAACAGGAUGAAAUCUGCCAGGUAUUCUUCCAGCUCCAUCUAGAACAACGUGGGAUUUUUUUUCCCAGUAUUCAUUUUACAAGAAGAUUUAGAAAAACUUGAAUAAAGUCUGGAUUUUUUUUAUAUGCAUUUUGUUUUUCAACAGUUUCGAGGGUUUGUUGGGGUGUACCUCUUGUCAGGACGUUGGGUUUGUUAGACAGGUUAAGGAAAAAGAAAAUGUUAUUUUAUUUUUUUUGCAUUGGGUUUGAUGGAUACUGUCCUCUUCAAUCUACAAAUCUGUCCCCAGUGUCCUUGAUCUGUUUGACAUGUCCCCUAUUUCACGCGUCGCGCCCGCCCAUGCCUUACUCUACAUGAGAUGCAGUGACUAGUUUCCUUGUCAUCAGUUUGUACUUUCCAACAGAUGUUUAUUUUUUCACAGGAGCACAGGUGAUAUCGUACUCAGCAAUUGAGCAAAACAUUUUAUCGUCUAGAUAAGUUUCUUCCUCAAACAGCAGUGAAGUUUGGACGUACGCUGGUGCACGUGACAUUGUUGAACUCAGAAGUUUGGAUGGUAAUACAGUAAAAAGUGCCACUCAAUCAUUUUAGCCCUAUAUAUUUUUUAAAACCUCAUAGCCCUAUUUGCUAAUCCAAGUCGCAGCUAUAAUUGUGGUAAAUGACUUACCAUACGGCUCAUGUUUUUCACUGUUUUUUUUUUUUUUUUGUACGAUUGGAACCACUGAAUGACGUUUAUCUUUUAUUAUCCUUAUUGGCUUUGUGAUUACCUAUGGCAAAGUUUGCUGCGAAAUUCAUCAACAGGUAGUUGAAAUUGUGUUUGCAUUGCACUUUUUUUUUCUUUCUUUCCUGGUAAGAGUCUUUCAGUUAUAGCAUUAUAAUUCAAAUGGCAAAUUUAUUUCAGGUUUGUUUGGUUCAAAAAUGAGGGCUUAACAAUAUGAGUUUAAAAAAAGAUGGAAACAAAUUUACUGUAACCUUCUGUUCUAAUUUCAAAUAACUUUAAUUUCAAAUGAAACUCCAGUCCAAUGCCAGUGGACACUGUUGCUGCAAGUUUGCAAGAUCAAUAAAAUUCUGUAACAAAUAA